AUGACUUCUUCUAAAAGACAAGACGCCGCUAAGCCGACCUUCAAGGCUGAGCUCGAUGCUUCCAAGCUGAGUUACCAUCUCGCGACGCCUCGGGGUCCGGCAAAUGUGCCCCAUUCCGGCUGUACCGAUCAUAUGCUCAUCUGCAAUUGGGAUGAAGCCACAGGGUGGGAGACCCCUGUGAUCCAGCCAUUUGGUCCUUUAUCCCUCUUACCGAGCGCCAAUGUUCUCCAGUACGCCACCGGAUGCUUUGAGGGCGUCAAAGCCUACCGCGGCUAUGACGGCCAGCUGCGACUCUUCCGUCUUAGACUUAACUGCGAGCGGAUGCUUAAGUCUUCGGUUCGCGUGGGUCUUCCACAAUUCGAUCCUGUGGCCCUGGAACAGCUCAUUCACAGCUUUGUUGCCCUGGAAGCUGAGCGUUGGUUGCCCAGGGAUCGAGUAGGGCAGACGCUAUACCUGCGGCCAACCCACAUUGGGACUACACCGGGACUUGGUCUUCAGAAACCUCGAAAUUCCUCGCUCUAUCUCAUUGCCACGCUCGCUCCUGGCUUCUCUACCAAUGGUGGCAUGACUCUGGUUACAUCUCCUGCUGAGACCAUCCGAGCGUGGCCAGGAGGGUUUGGAAACGCCAAGCUGAGCGCCAACUACGGGCCUACCUUGUCUUCCCAUGCGGAAGCAAUCGCUCAGGGCUUCGACCAGGUCCUAUGGCUAUUCGGUGACGAGCAGUACGCUACAGAGGCCGGUGCGAGCAAUUUCUAUGUCGUUUGGAGAACAAGGCAAGGUGGCCUUGAGCUGGUCACAGCAGGCUUGGAAAGCAAGACCAUUUUGGAAGGCAUCACUCGGAGGAGCAUCAUUGAGCUGGUAUAUGCCCGAAGAGAUGAGUCUCAGAGCUGGUCAGUCGAUGGUACAACCUUGGAGCCACUCACGGUAGUUGAGAGAGACUUUUCGAUCAACGAGAUCCGUGAGGCUGUUGCUGAAGGCCGGUUGGUAGAAGCUUUUGCCUCUGGCACCGCGUACUUUAUCGCCCCGGUCAGUCAUAUUCGCCAUAGGGAUGAGGAUAUUGUCAUUCCUCGUGAGAAGGGUGACUCUGGCCAUUACGCCGCACUUAUUAAAGGCUGGCUUAGUGAUAUAGUCUAUGGCCGCUCUACCUUUUCCGACUGGACCAAGGUUGUGAAUGAGACUUAG